AUGGUUAUGAAACCAAAGAAUGUCAAGCCUUCCAAUAAUAAUGCAACCGAGAUUCAUUUCAGAGGCGUCAGAAAGCGACCGUGGGGCCGUUACGCCGCCGAGAUUAGAGAUCCCGGCAAGAAAAGCCGCGUUUGGCUCGGCACCUUCGACACCGCCGAGGAAGCCGCAAAAGCCUACGACGCCGCCGCUCGUCAGUUCCGUGGUCCGAAAGCCAAGACUAACUUCCCUCCUCCUUCCGACAACAAAGAGAAUACCGUCAACAACAAUCAGAGUCCCAGCCAGAGUAGCACCGUUGAGUCAUCUACGCCAGAGCGUGCUCUCACGCGCUCUCGUGAAGUUCCUGUUGGUGGCGUAAUGGAUCGGUUUCCGUUUCUCUCGAUCCAGCAACAAAUCAUGCCGUUUCCCUGUGCUACCGCUGGUGCUGUUGAUGGAAUGGUAACAACUGCUGUGCACCCGGUUUUCUUUUAUGAUCCAUCCGGUCGAGCUGAGUAUAUGAACCAGAGGUUUUCGACUAGGUUUGAACCGGGUCCGAUUGAGUUUAACUUUGGCGGUGGCGGUGGGGUUCAGAGUGAUUCCGAUUCGUCAUCUGUUGUUGAUUGUCAGCCAAAGAGAGCUCUAAAUCUUGAUCUUAACUUAGCUCCACCAAUGGAUGUUUAA